AUGGCAUCUAUUCGGUAUUAUGGAAGGCAAGUGGUAACAUCCCUUCUGUGCUUCUACAUGAUCGUAUUUUACGAGUCUGCUAUGGGCAAUCCGGGUGCAGAAAGAAGUCAGCAUGCUGAAAAACUGCGCGGCAAAAACAUUGCAUUUUACGCUGCUAAUGCAGAGUUGCAUCUGAAUCUGGAACACCUAACGACGCUAUAUGUAAGCGCCGAAAAACUGCACAGGAAUUUGUGCGCUAUCGCGGAUGAAAUCAGUGACUCUGACGCUCCGGAAGAAAAUAAAAGAAUAGAACUCGAGGGGUGUAGCGGUGCAAUUAAGCUAGUUGAAGAUGUAAUCCGUGAUGCCAAGUAUUACGUAGAACUAGCAGGUAUUCUGGAUGAGUACAUUACCUUAAGCAGGGAAAGUAAGAAAACUGGUACAACUUCGGAGAGAGCAGCUGAACUCAAAAACGCUCUCAGAAGUCUAGAACAGAGGUUCAAAAACAAAGAGCAGUUAGCAUUGCACCUGCUGACAUACGGCAUUGGAGAGUACUACGUAAACUUUAUGCGAGAAGCCGAAGCCUUCAUUCAUAAAUACGCAAAUUGA